AUGAAAUCUGGAUGCAAUACAAUUAAGAAUGAUUAAGAGUAUAUUAAAGAGAUUCACUCUAAAUGGAGAAAUUCCGACAUUAAAUAAACCUAAAUUAGCCAAAUUAAAAAAUUAUAAUUAACAUUUACUGAGUAGAAAAAUUUAGACUUUCAACUACCUGAUGUUUUUAUAACUACUAAAUAAAUAAAUACAAAUCCAUAAAGUAAUUUUUAAGUUAAUUUUGAGAGAUUAAGAAAAUUAAGAAAAUACCAUCAUUAAGUUUUGAUUAAAAUAUGUAGACUAAUGUUUAAUCAAAACAAUAAAGAAUCAAAGAAUUGUCUACAAUUUAAGCAAAAUAUUAUAAAUUUAAGUAAUAAUAAUUUAUUAAGUUAGAGAUCUCUCUUGUUCUGUAAGAACAACUCCUUAAUAAGAUAAUCUAAAUAAAAGUUUGUCUAUUCCUAAAAAUGAGAAUCUCUAUGAAAUAGAUGGUACUAAAUUUCCUUAUGGAUUAUAUACAAUGCAUAAAAAAAGAAGAGAUUAAAUCUAAGAUUUAUUUCAUAAUUAAAAUUCAUAAAGAUCUAAGAAAAUAUUUUCAGAUUAUGAAGAUUCAAGAAUUAAUUAAUGUAUUAUUAUUAAUUCUUAAUUAUAUAGCUGAUUAAGUAAAUAAAGAGAAUAAAUAAAAAGAAUAUACAAGUAGGUCUUUUUUAGAUAAUGCUUAUUAUUCAAUUAUAUGUGCUAAAAAGAAUUGCAAAUAUCGUAUUAAAAUUAAGAUACGAGAUUCUCUUCCAAAAGAAUCUAGAUUUUAGUAAUGUUGA